UUUUUACUGCUCAGUUUUGGCUUGGGUUCUGCUUCUUCAGCUUCUGUGUCUUUAGCUCACCGUAGUCUAAGGUGGCUCCUCUGGAGCUAGUGUCCCCGUGAGGUGCAGACGACGCGGGACGCCCGAAAUUCGGAAAUGAGACAGACACGACAGCCUCCGUGGGGUCCAGCUACCUAGGGACAGAUGAGCAGUGAUGUGCGUGUCCACUCCUGGCCCUGCUCCUAUUACCUGAACCUUGAGAAGCAAUGGGUUCCUGGGAAACUGACCUUGACGCCUCAUUCACUGAAGUUCAGUGCGGACGGAACUGAAGAGGUCCUGGUGGGCCUGCCUCUCUGCAGCAUCACUGAGAUCAGGAAGGAGGCUUCUCUCUUUAUCUUCAGUGCCAUCACAGUCCUGGAGAAGGGCCAGGCCAAGCACUGGUUCAGCUCACUGCGGCCCAGUCGCAAUGUGGUCUUCAACGUCAUCGAGCACUUCUGGAGGGAGCAGCUCCUGUCCCAGCCAGGCACCGCUGCUAACACAGCCUCCCCCGUGACCAGGGGCCAGGAGCUGGUGGGACUGAUGGCCAGUUCCCAGAGACGCAUGGAAGACACAUCAAAGGUCCUUCAUCACCAGGGCGAGCAGCUAGACAGUGUCAUGAGGGGCCUGGAGAAGAUGGAGUCAGAUCUAGAUGUGGCUGACAGGUUGCUGACAGAACUGGAGUCUCCUUCCUGGUGGCCUUUUAGCUCUAAACUUUGGAAGACACCGUCAGAAGCCAAGACCAAGGAAGGUGUCUCUGUAGCCUCUUGUGAGCCCUUUGGAAAGGAAGGGGUAGUGAUCAGAGUCCCUGCUGUUGUUUCUCAGAGAACAGAGUCUUAUUCCAAGCCAGGAAAGCUCACUGUCCUGGUUUCUGGUUUGGAAAUCCAUGAUUCCAGUUCAUUGCUCCUGCACAGGUUUGAGAGGGAAGAUGUGGAUGAUAUCAAGGUUCACUCUCCUUAUGAGGUCAGCAUACGCCAGCGGUUCAUUGGGAAGCCAGACGUGGCUUAUCGGCUGAUAUCUGCCAAGAUGCCAGAGGUCAUUCCCAUUUUAGAAGUGCAGUUCAGCAAGAAGAUUGAGCUCCUGGAAGAUGCCCUAGUGCUCAGGAGCAGAGCCCGGACUUCCUCUGCAGAGGGGAGUUGCUCCAUUCGGCAUGCAGCAUCCAGACUGAUGGGCUGCACUACACACCGCGAGCUGCCCACUGGAGGCCAGGAAGGCGAGCAGCUGCAGCUACAGAGGAACUGGCCACUACUCUCUGAGGGGGAAGCCCAGGAGCUGACACAGAUCCUGAGCAAGCUGAAGGGACUGGCGCUGGACACCGAGGCCGAGCUCGAGCGCCAGGACGAGGCUCUGGAUGGCAUCACCGUAGCUGUGGACCAGGCAACCCUGACUGUGGACAAGCAUAACCGGCGUAUGAGAAAGCUGAUGUAGUGGGGCAAGCUUCAGAACGGCCGUCCCUGGCAUGGCUCUCCUGAUUCUGCUGCUGCUAGCCCUGUGUCCUUUCAACUGGAACCUGGGAGGCCAUUCUUGGUGCUGGGAGAUGCACCUUCCUAGGAUGGGCCACCAAGAGGCCGUGGCUGCAUGAGUGCGAUGUGUUUUCCAGGUGCCCUCAGCAUGUGGGCCAAGUCCUGUUCAGGUAAGGAUGGCCACCACAGCAUAGCCAUCCUUCCUGUCCUCACUGAGACCCCAGCUUUGUGCUGCCACUGUGGGGCUGUGACCCAGGUGUGGGGCUGUGACCCAGGUUACCGUGCACAAGUCACACCAUAUUGUCAUCUUUUUACCAUUUUUGCCAAACAGUAAAGAAAAUGCCAGUCAUUCUGAGGGAGGUAUGAGUACUUGGUCUAACUCUGCCAUUCACCUGCCGCAGGCAUUGGUUCCCCCUUAAGAUGCUGCCGUAGCCCCCAGCACCUUCUCGUGCUCAUCACUUAGAGGUCUAUGGAGUGAGUCCUAGUGCCUGUAUGUGUGUAUUAGAACAGAGUGUUUAUUGGACUACGUACAUCGUAGGGGCUGGGUCCACGCACAGCCUUGUGCUCACUGUAACUGCCCAGGCCAAGAAUCUGGACCCAGCAGCCCCAGUGCCGAAGGCUUGUAUUGGUUCUGCAUUAAAAGGUCAAAGAUUCUGGAGGCUGGUGUCAGUGGAGGAGGGCCACAGCCUUGCACUCUCAGAGAGAGAGAGAGAGAGAGGGCCUGCACACUGCUUCCUCCACCACCCAUUCAGGCUGCUCACAAUCGGAGAAGCCCCCUUUCCCUAGUCACUGUCCCUCUGGAAGCACGCUCCCCUCCCCCAGACACACAGGCAUGUCUUACCACUCCUAGACAUCUCCUAAUCUAGUAAGUUGAUGACCAUGGCCAGUCUACUGGCCUUGCCCUGGCAGACAGCCUUUUCUGGCCAUGUGUGCAGUGACUGGCUAAAGCCCCUAGUGCAGGCCGCCCCCAGCACAAAUGCCCGCAGAGCAGAUACCUCUGCUGCUACCUGCACCAGAAACAGUGCCGGUCUCCCGGUGUUCCGACCCGGCUACUCAGAAGUGUGACUGGGUGCCUGUUUUAGAAAUGGGUCAGGCUGUCUUCUCUUUCCCUUUGCUCAAUCUUGCGUGCUUUCAGUGCAGGCGCUCACUUUACUGCUAGGAGCCACUUCCGCAAGCCCGUCACUUUGGGUUUUGUUUUUUUGAGACAGGUUCUCACUCUAGUCCGAGCUGGCCUCAGACUUGCAGCAGUCCUCCUGCCUCAACCUUCCAAGUGCUAGGAUCAUAGGUGUGUGUCAGCUCAGCUGGCCCCCUCACGUAUUUAGUGGAUACAAGGUCGCUGGUGUGUAGAGAUGUCUGUCUGCAGUGUGUGGUGGUCAGAUCAGGCAGGAGCCAUUUCCACCUCAAGCAUGUGUUGGUUCUGUGUGUUGGAGCCUCUGUGUCCUUCCUUCACACGUGUAUGAACACAGUGAACUGCCAGGCACCGUGGUCCCCCAACGUGUCUGGAGUACUGGGCAUGCUCCUCCUGCCUACCUGUCCUUCACAUGUGUAUGAACACAGUGAACUGCCAGGCACCGUGGUCCCCCCGACGUGUCUGGAGUACUGGGCAUGCUCCUCCUGCCUACCUGUCCUUCACAUGUGUAUGAACACAGUGAACUGCCAAGCACCGUGGUCCCCCCUACAUGUCUGGAGUACUGGGCAUGCUCCUCCUGCCUACCUGUCCUUCACAUGUGUAUGAACACAGUGAACUGCCAGGCACCGUGGUCCCUCCGACGUGUCUGGAGUACUGGGCAUGCUCCUCCUGCCUACCUGUCCUUCACACGUGUAUAAACACAGUGAACUGCCAGGCACCGUGGUCCCCCUGACGUGUCUGGAGUACUGGGCAUGCUCCUCCUGCCUACCUGUCCUUCACAUGUGUAUGAACACAGUGAACUGCCAGGCACCGUGGUCCCUCCGACGUGUCUGGAGAACUGGGCAUGCUCCUCCUGCCUACCUGUCCUUCACAUGUGUAUGAACACAGUGAACUGCCAGGCACUGUGGUCCCCCCGACGUGUCUGGAGUACUGGGCAUGCUCCUCCUGCCUACCUGUCCUUCACACGUGUAUAAACACAGUGAACUGCCAGGCACCGUGGUCCCCCUGACGUGUCUGGAGUACUGGGCAUGCUCCUCCUGCCUACCUGUCCUUCACAUGUGUAUGAACACAGUGAACUGCCAGGCACCGUGGUCCCUCCGACGUGUCUGGAGAACUGGGCAUGCUCCUCCUGCCUACCUGUCCUUCACAUGUGUAUGAACACAGUGAACUGCCAGGCACUGUGGUCCCCCCGACGUGUCUGGAGUACUGGGCAUGCUCCUCCUGCCUACCUGUCCUUCGGCCCCCAUUGUCCAUCCUUCCAUCUGCUCUCCCUCUCCUUCCACUCUGUGCUCCUUGAGACGGGAGCACCCAGCACUUGUCUUUCUGUGCCUGCUCAUUUCGUAAAGCUCGUGCCCUCUGGGUUUUUCCAUGCUGUUGCAAAUGAUGGAAUUUCAUUCUUUUUCACCACUGA